UGCAGACUGCUUCUACAAACAUUUGUGAAAGAAUGGAAUAAGUCCAUCCGUGAAAUUUCCUUGCUACUAAAUAUUCCACAGCCAACUGUUAGUGGUAGUAUAACAAAGUGGAAGCAACUGGGAACAACAGCAACUCAGCCACAAUGUGGUAGGCUAUGUAAAGUGAUAGAGCAGGGUCACUGCAUGCUGAAGCUCACAGUGCGCAGAAGUCGCCAACUGUCUGCAGAGUCAAUAGCUAAAGACCUCCAAACUUCGUGUGGCCUUCAGAUUAGCAUAACAGCAGUGUGUAGAGAGCUUCAUGGAAUGGGUUUCCUUCGCCAAGCAGCUACAUCCAAAUCUUACAUCGUCAAGUGAAAUGCAAAGCAUUGGAUGCAGUGGUGUAAAGCAUGCCGCCACUGGACUCUAG